AGGCUUCAUUCGGUAUGAAGAAACAGGUUUCUUUAGCCUGUUUCUUCCAGUUUUUCAAUUCAAUAUUUCUUUCUCAUUUUUUCUACCUAAAGAAACACGCAAUUUUUGUAUUAAGAAACAGGAAGAAAUAGACCAAAGAAACCUGUUUCCCCAUACCGAACGAAGCCUAACGUCCUCCCCGUGUUCUGUUCUGAAGCCACAUCCGCUCCAAUGGCCGCCACCUUGUUUACCAUUGCAUUUACCGGAAUUGCCCACGCGGCAUCUAUCCCGAACCUACCCGGGCCUCUGCCCCAGAACACAACCAACCUCUCGCUCAAUACAUCAGAUGCGUGCGAUAACCUUCGACAUUGCCGCACGAUGUGGAGUCUCAUAUACGGUUGUCUCCUGACCAUCUUCGCCUGCGUCUGGACCGCUGUGCACCCCAAGGUGCCCGAGGCUGCUUGGGACGCUCAAUCAUCUCGGAUAUCCAUGCAGUCGCUGCAUUCCUUGCGCCAGAAAUGACCCUUAGUGCAGCAUGGAAAGAAUUUCGAGCAGCUUGGAGAAUAUCGAAAAGUUGUCAAGGCACUGUCGAAGGAUGGACUCAUACACACUCAUAUUUUGUUGUUAUGAAUGGUUUCUUCGACACCUCCGAGCAAAAAUCGGUCAUUCCCGGAAAAGAUGACGAACCCUCUACUUUCCUCGAGCAAUACCCUGGCAUCAUCGAGAAAUCAGGGGAUCACAGAAGAGCAGUAACGACCAGGGACGAAAUACUCGACAGAAGUAAAGGAGACCCUUUCGCUAAAUCUAUCGUUGUCGCCCAGCUACUGUGGUUUAUCGCCCAAUAUGUCGGACGAUGGGCGGCUCAUUUGCACAGGUCACAACUGGAAGCUAUGACGCUUGCAUAUGCGGUCCUUAGCAUCAUUGUAUAUAUCCUAUGGUGGGACAAGCCCCUCAACAUCCGUUUCCCAGUGCGUGUGACGAAGGAGACCAGUCCUGAUGCUACCACUGCAACCCCCAGCCCCGAAGCCAAGGUCGAGCAGGACACGCCCAAAGUGGAGAACCAGCCAGAUUCAACCUCUCCCCCAGCGAGGAGCGCGCCAUCAAAGCAGCAGUUUUUCGUGUUUAUAAUGACUGCCAUCAUCUUUGGUGGAAUACACUGCUUCGCUUGGUCAUUCCACUUUCAGACACACGUGGAAAUGCUUCUAUGGCGGAUUUCAGCCAUAAUCAUUACAGUGUGCCCUAUCCCUAUCAUCGUAUGCUUAGGAUUAUCAGACUAUUAUGACUCCGACAUCGCUGCGGCUUGUGGGACACCCGCUUUGAUGAUUUACACUGCUGCUCGGCUCAUCUUGUUUACUCUUACGUUCACCUCUUUGCGUUUGCCUCCUCCCGACUUAUACCAGACCGUUCCUUGGUCUUCCUUCCUGCCGCAUCUUGGAUAGAGGUUUAUACACAUUGAUGCCUCCGACUUCCUCCCAUCUUGUAGUAAUAGGAGCAAGCGUUGUUUUGUUUUGUUUUGCACUCGUGCUAGUUUGGAAUGCAGCGAACUGUGGAACACCGUGAACUUACACAAAGAUAUACAACAGCUCAAUUAUCAUUAUGCCCUGCUACGACAAUUGAUCGUACAGCGAUACUCUGGGACAGGAAAUCAUCAUCCUUCAUUGUCUAGCACAUAAUCGGCCAACCAGCGGGCCUGUGAAUCAUCAUCAUCCCCAACGGGAUCCGGCCACAUUUGAGCGAUUUCAUCUUCAUAGAACGAUUCCU